GACGAUGAGGAAGACGAUCGGGACUACGAUGACGAUGAUCUAGAUAUCAACACGUUCUAUGGCAUUUUGGAAGCACCAUGUGUGAUCAUACGCAGCAUGCGCGUAGACGGGGGUUCGUGGCAUUUGGAGCGCAUUCUGACAGACACUCAGCCCAGGCAUAUCAUCAUGUACGAUCCUGAUCCUGCCGCCAUCCGACAGGUAAAUUUAAAGAGAGUUUUGGAAGCUAUUCUGGGACAACUCGGAUUUGAUCUCAUGCAUUUCUCGCAUACUCGUAUCACCGCAAGAAAACAGUAA